CUGCCUUUGAUAUCUCUUGAACGCAACAUGGGUAUCCAACAUGUGCUCAUCGCCGCGCUCGCGGCCGUGACGCCCGUCAUCGUCCAGGGAACUCAAAUCUUCAGCAACCACGGCACCCUCAGCGGCUGGGAUGGUCAACAGACCGAAAACAAGGGCAAGAUCUCCGAAGUGACCAACACAGUCUACGAGGGAGGCACGGCCCUCAAGUUCGAGCAGACCUACGACUCUUCGUACUCGGGCCGCUACCACGCUGAAGUGCGGACUCUCAACGGCUACGCCCGGGGCGAGACACGCUUCUAUGGCUUCAUGUUCCGUCUGCAGGGCGACUGGCAGUCGAGCCCCGCGCAGUCCUAUAACCUUGCCCAGUUCAUCGGCAACUUUGGCUCCAGCAGUUGUGAUGAGUGGUCGCCCACGACCAUGGUCUGGGUCAAUGGAAACCGUCUCAUGACCAGAGUCAAGAGUGGCACGCUCUGCUCUCCCUUGCCUACUCCUUUCGACACCGGCAUCAACGUCAGCGCUGGUACCUGGCACAAGAUUGUGAUGCAGGUCAGUUGGAGGAGCGACAGCUCGGGCUUCUUCAAGCUCUGGUAUGAUGGAACCAAGGUCGUCGAGCACUACGACAUCAAGACGACCCUCGACACCGACGUGAGAUUCCAGUUCCGAGUCGGUCUCUACGCCAAUGCUUGGUAUGAUUCGGGCUAUUCUGGCUCUCAGCCCUUCCGGCAGGUUUGGUUCGAUGAGAUUGCCAUUGGCGACACCUUUGCGGAUGCGGAUCCCGACCAGUGGUGAACGGCAUGUAGUCGAUAGUGGAGUGCCGAGGUAUUCGG